AUGUCAACCUUCCCCACCCCUUCGAGCGAUCCUCCCAAAAAGGAGAUGCAGUACUUCCCCGACAUGACCACGGCCUUGCCGUCCGAAUCUGGCGAGUUUCGCCGUGUCCUUUGGACGGGGUUGUACUCCCAGCUUGUGCUGAUGACUGUACCUGUUGGUGGUGAUAUUGGCGAAGAGGUUCAUACAGUCGACCAAAUCCUCACCUUCACAUCUGGCAAGGGUCUUGCGCAGGUUGCUGGCAAGGAGCAGGAGGUCAAGGCCGGUGACAUGGUGAUUGUUCCUGCGGGAACCAAGCACCAAUUUCUAAAUACAGGACCGACACCGUUGAUUCUUUACACUGUUUACUCGCCAGCUGAGCACAAGCCAACGACGGUUCACAAAACCAAGGAACAGGGCGACAAGGAGGAAGAAGAUGGCAUCGAUGUAGCGCCAGAGUGGAGCCGACGUAGCAAGGAGCAGAAUGAGAAGGAGGGUUGGGUCAAAGGGGAGUAA